UCAAGUGAAGACGGAUAACUUUGAACUACUGCAUAUGUAGUCCAUCUGACUCAGAUCCAAAGAAUUCAGUAGUUACAGCAGAUGAUUUAAGAAAAAUGACGAUGCCCCGCAUCAACAUGAGCUGCUCCGUAAAAAAUUCCAAGAUGUUGCACCUGCGAUCGUCCUGUACGCUGUUCAGCUUCAGUAGUCACCUGCUUGUUCUAUUCAGCAAUAGUAGGACCGCUUACGCAGCGAAUCCAGAGCAGCAGGACUUAGGCGCCACUCUUCGCGAAAACCGAGAACCUUUUUUGGCAAAACUCGACCAGAAACUGCUCCUGGGUGCUGAGGAGGAUGUUCAUGCCACUGGAGAGAAACAGCCUCUUCAUGAGAACAAGAAUGAAAGUGAAGAAGAAAAGCUAAAACUUGCCCACGACGAGGACCUCCUUCGCAUCGAGCACCGCAAGAAGCAAAUUGCCUUGUAUUCCGAAAAAAAGCAAGCGCAGGAGAAACGUAACGUUAAGGGUUUCGACGUUGCAUUCUUCCCUACCAUUCUUCACCACCAUUCUUCAUAGUAGGAACACAGUCAAGGAUGAUAUGACGAGUGCAAUACUGUAAUCGAAAACUGAAAAAAAUAAGCGAGUAACAAAGACAAUAACCGAGUCUCUGAGAUUGUUAUCUAGGUUAUUCGCUUCAUCUCGUUAGUAGUCGAGAAGGACUAUUUGAGAUGCACACAUGACAUUUUUCGAAGCCUCUAAUAUUGUUGGACUGCGAAGUCAAUUGCCGACGUACGAACAGGAACGAGCCCAAUGUGUAAUCUGCUGCGACAACGAAGUACCGAUGGAAACGAGCUAUUUCUGGACCUGCGGUAAUCUGCACCAAGACGAACGAAUCUGCGCCGAGUGCCAGUACAAUUUAAGGGGUAGUAUAGAUACCAUGAUUGCAUUCUUCAGAACGCCCCUAACGUACUUUCUUCAUAAAAAAACUAACAUCUUCCUCUGUAGUUUUUCUAAGAAGAAACUACGUCAGGGGUGUUAUGAAGAACGCAAUGCUGGAACCUCUAAACACUAUGUGGGCCCAGAAAACCGACUCUCGCUGCGCAUUGUUUAAGGCCCACAAUUCAUUCUUUUCCUUACAGAGUAGUCAUCUCGGUCCCCUUUUUGUACUCUGAGAGUAUUACACUGUAACUAGUCAUUUCAGCCUUCUUCUUGGGCCAUUGAUUCUGAGAGUAUUAACACAGGGCAAGUAUUGAUCUCACUUUAUUUUUACUUGGAUUAUUCUGAGAAUAUGACUCUAAAAGUCAGAUAUCUCAGCUUUCCCCGUGGGUUCUGAGAAUACACAUGACUUUACGUAGAUAUGAUGAAUGAAUAAAUCAAUAUUUUGAGUUCAUCAUCUAAAGCAUGUCGUGGGCCAGCGGAGGGCGGGUUCGCGAGUUGGCUGAAACACUCACUGAAAUCGGAUGAAGAUGACGCUACUUUCGCGUCGCUACUUCAAUUGAAUGAAGGACAGAAUGAAGAUGACGCUACUUUCGCGUCGCUACUUCAGCUAAGACUACUGCUAAAGCAUUCUCAACGACGUCCUUGGUCCUUUUUCGACUAGGAAAAGAAGCCAAGGGUGCUCUGAAGGAUGCCGGUGCGGUAGCUCUAAUUCAGGGCUUCCUGCAGGUUUUGGAUACGUAUCUAUUGAAGAAAUGGAAGACGGUUAUCAAGGAAAAAACGAAAAGACGAGCUCUUCGACCACUCGGAGGAACUGACAAUUCUUAUGAUUCGUUCUUAGAAUGAAGCAUGAUGUUGACUUAUAGGUACUUAUAAUAUCUUUCUAAGCGCAUAUCUUGCAUACCUAUCUAGUAGAAGUGUGCCUAUCUUCUAGAAGUUGUAUGAUUCAUACUUAAGAAGAAGAGCCUCAGUCACAGAAGAUGAUGCGCGACACUCAAGAGAUAUUUAUAAGGACGUCAAGAACUUGAUGAAGCCUCUAAAUAAAUGAUCUUCCCCUGCUGAUGUGGGGACCUCCGCUUUUGACCGAGGGCCAACGAGAAAAGUUAUUGACGCUUGCAGAUGCUAGCAAACAAAUGUGGCGGGACUACCGUGAACAGGGAGGAACUUCAGGGUCGCUUUUUCUCAAAACUCUCAACGACUCGCUACUCAUGAUGAACGACUGGGACGAGCUUCACCGGGCUGAAGAAAAUGGCGCAGGAGCUGCUGCGCCUCAACAUAGCGCCGAACAAGAAGGCGGCGGAGCUGUUGGAGGAAUUGUCGAGGAAACGCAAGAAGGCGCUACUGCUACCAGCACUGGCACUAACGGUGAAGACAGUGCCUCCACGACGGACCACGCGGACGAGGCUUGGGAGGACGGCGACAGCCAUGAUCUGUUGCGUACAUUAAGGCUUGCCCCCGUUCUCAAUCGUCCGACGCAUCUUAUUUUAGCGGUAAGAACAUAACCGAGGAGAGAACUACAGGCCCGAGAUGAGUCUCUCUAGAUGUGGACGAUUUGGGAGUAGUGAUGCUCUAAAGACAUACUACAUGCUCGAAUUCAACCGUCCCGAUGAUUAUGACGAUAGUAGCUCUUUUUCGAAUUCUCGGAAAGUUAAGGCUGUAGCUAAUUCAUCUUUCCCUUUUUCAUCCUUGAAUAAACGUAUAGGGGAGCAUCGCAGGGAAAUACUCUGCCAUACUUUGAAGGAUGCAGCUGAAAGAUGAAUUGCAGAAAGCUCUAAGAAAGGCCGCCAGUUGGAUACUAUCACGCAUCGGCAGACGAAGAUUGAAGACAGGCUGGCGAAGUCGAAGGCGGGAGGCCGUAGUCUCUCGACGUCACAGAAAGUCUACCUGCAAUUCCUCAAGCAGCUGCAGAAGCAGCUCGGUUUUCCUCCUUAUGGAUUUGUAGCUUUUUCUUUCUGCUUCGGGAUAAUACAGAAUAAUUUAGAACAGCGCUGCAUCUUUUCUCCCGUUUUUGUCGAGGCCAUCGGGGCUCCCCGUCCCCUUUCUCAAGUUAGACAGACUUUCAAAAACGAGCCGCUCGGGCUGUCGGGCACUAGUCUAAACCUCCUCGUGAGGAGUAACGACGAUGUUCUAAGCAGAUUAGUUUCUAAGCCGUGGACUUCUAGUCUUUGAGUCAUUGAAAAGAUCGAUGGUCUGCUGUUGAAAAGGAGCAGAGAAAAAGUUACAUUCAUAUUCCUGGAUCGAUUACCUCGCACGGCACGUUUGCAAUGUUGAUGUACGGUCUGUGCCUUCGGGCCCGUCCGAGCACUGUUUCUUGUGGUGAGUGCGAAGAAUGCACAGAAGUUAAGGCGCAGAAUCAUUCAUCGUCACAGGGGUUUCGUUGUGACUGAGACUCACUUUGUAUCUUCUUCGAUCCUGAGACUAGAGGAAGUUAGAGGGCGAGACGAAUUAGUAUUGUUAGCGCUAAUACAGGAAGCGCUGGCGCUUACCACGAGAAAGAGUUUGAAAGGAUGGUGAGGAACGUUCGACAGAUGAAGAGAAGGACAGAGUCUAGUACGAGUUCUAGGACCUCCACCGCGUCCCCUGCCCCAGAAGGCGCACAUCAAGCGCCAUGGGAUGAAGAUUUAUGUGUACCGCUCAAGCAUCCUCAGCAUCAGACUUGGCCACUUUUUCAAGGGGAAAAGGUCGGUCCCAGGGAUGCUCUUAGGGAUGCGGCGCGGUAGGUCUAAAUGAUGCUCCUCGGCCGAAGCCGAUCUGUCAUGGCUCCUAUCAAGCCAAGUGUUUACUAAUCGGACGUGAACGUUUGCGAACCUGCGUACAUGCACUUGAUGAAAGGAAGAGAUUUGCCAACAGCGAUGACGAUGUGGACGAUGGGGUCGACGGGUAAAUUUCCAACAGUAAAGUCCUAAAUAUGUUGUAAGAUCUUGAAACCUUCAGUGCCUCAGCAGUACACUGCGCAAGAUCCUUCGAAAUGUUCAGUACGCCAGUAAGAUCCUGAGCAAGAUGACUAUCGGGACGGAGAUCCACCGAUCAGGAUAAAUGAGGGAUCUUCUCUGGCGGCUGUUCCGCUCUCGGUUCCGUGCGCCAAUAGAGCCACUAAGUAGGGACCUUGGGUCAAGGAUAAAAAUGACCGCGGUCAUUUCUAUAGAAGCUUCGGGCUUGUGCAAUCGCUGACUUGAUGAUGACUCUCAAAAGGGCACGGAUUUUGCAUGCUUUCUUUCGUUGCCUUGCUGCCGUUUGGCUCAAGACUCGAUCAGGAUUUUAGUGGACUUGAAUAGCGAGGUGAUGCGCAAAGCUCCUAGUCCGGAGUAGCAUCACUGUUUGUUGUUCUUUUUCUCUUCGGUUUCCCCUGCGUUAUAUUUCUAUCCAACGAUAUCGAUAGGUAUCGCAUCAAGGAAUUUGCGCCAAUGGAGGACGUCCAAAGCGUUUUUCGCGUGUUUGCGGAAAAAGACUAUUUGCCGGUCUUCGAGGUUGACGAGGAGAAUUACAACGCAUGGUGGCUAGAGCAUUUUCGGGAUUAAGGCUCGUCGUCGAAGUACCAGAUUUAGUCUCUCUUCUUCUUCUUCUCCACAGACGAGGACUACCUAUUCCUCGCAGGCUAAAUAAUUCGCGUCUUGUUUGAUAUUCAUGUAUAUGUUGAAUAUCGACGAUAUAUUUUGAGCUUCUCUAAGAAGAGAAGCGAGCGAAGGGUGAGAGGCCUUUGAGCCGACCAAUCUCGUUGCCACGCGUAACAACGGAAAGAGAAAACAGAUGCUGCAUGCUGCAGCUCAUCCAGGAACGACAGGAGCGAGAGGACCACGCGUGGAGAAUAGACACCGCUCGACCCGAAGGUAAGAACCAUACAUGGUGAAGGGACAUCGCGUGGAUGCUACAUUAUGUAAAUGACGUCGGUAAGUUAUGUAAAUGAAGACAUCACUGAAUUCAACCGAUCUUAUGGGUGCUCUCCAAGGUUAUAUCUAUUGUGUAAAUAUGUAAAGAGAUUGGUUCUAGCGGGGGGAGGCGAAGCAUGUAAUCCGAUGGAAAAAAAAGCGGACUCUUUAUCUUGUGAGUAGAUACAACCAACCGACCAAUCACUCAAGCAACCAACCAACCAACCAACCCGCCAGAUGCCCCCUGCUCGCUUCCUCCGACCGACUGUGCUCCGCUUCUGCGCGCUUCAGCGCGGAAGCGGAAAUUCAUGUGCUUGACUGAUUUGCGGAGAGUUAUCGAAGCAGAGCAGGACGAGGCACCCUCUGCUCCGCUUCUGCGUGCCUCAGCGCGGAAGCGUAGAUUCAUGACCAUGAUGGAUUUGCGUAGGAUUAAAGAAGCAGAACAGGACGAGCCUGAAAAAGUUGUUCCUGCUGUGCCAGCUUGGAGCAAUUUGGGCGACAAUCCUGACGAUCACGACCCUCAUCAUCCACAUUGGCGUGGUGGAGUUAAGGCUACCUGUGCCAGUUGAUCUUGUUUUUUAACCACGCCAAACAGUACUACACUCACUACAUUCUCACUACAUUCUCACUCCAUCGAAAUACUGGUCUUAAUAAGUCCUACUAGGUUCAUCUUAUUAUAGGCAAAACAGUACUUCUAGUAAAAUCCCCAAACCCUGUAAUUAUCUUAUUGCCCCUCUUAUAGUGUUCAGGGGCUUCGAUGAAUAACCAUUCCCCAUCAGCGAAUCCGCUUCUUCUUGAAGGCGUUCAUUUGCGAACUUCCUUAAUCAGAUUUUUAACAGGGAGUUGAAGUGAUGUCUGAGGCCGUCUUCUCUAUAGGGAGUUAGUGUACCUCACGGAUCUUGUACAAGAGAGGGUCGACAGAUAUACAAAUACACAGGGAUGGAUUAGGGGUAGCUCUAAUGUAGAUAGCCGUUAUGACGACAAAGCUCCGAAACGACCAGCACGAGGAGGGGUGCGAAUUCGAAGGGGAGUCUAA